AUGGAGGAGGUGCGGCCCCAAGGUAGCGAGUGGAUAGACUUCUCGCAGCUCAUCAGGCUAGACUCACACAUCCCAGUCAAGGCAGCUUCACCUGAGUACAUCUUUUCUUUCGCUUAUAAGAAGCCCAGGCCUAUACCCAAAACCUGGGAAUGGAUGGGAACUAAGAAUGGUACUGGUCUUCUCGAUCUCCCACGUGAGUUGAGGGACAUAAUUUAUGGCUACGUCUGCCACGAUAUGGUCCACGACGGAUGUGGAUGGCGCAAAGAAGGCGAAUGGGCCGACGACACUUAUUCGGAUGACAGUGAUAUGGAUGACAGCGAUAUGGAUGACAGCGAUACGGAUGACCAGGAGCCUAUUGUAUUUCAAAACUGCAACAUUAUGAGGAUAUGCCGACAAGUGCACUGGGAAUUUGCCGAAGUGCUCUACGCGCGGCCGUUACAACUUACCGGCAUCCCACAGUCCAACAAAAGCCAUAUCGUUAUUACGGGAUCGCAUAUCCUUCCGUUAUCAAGAACAUACGCACAUCUUGUCAAGAAGCUGGCAUUUAUCCAUAACAUAGACCGUGAAGACUACUUAGGCUUGGAACCGCGAAUAGGAGGGCACUUCCACGCUGAAGUUCUUUGGCUCGAUGUUGUUACAGCAACGAGGGAACUGCUGAAGCUCUUCCCUGCUCUACAAAUCUUGCGUAUUCUUGUCACCAACGAUAGGCCUCCAGAAGAAGACGUAUUGAUGGCCUUGCUCGGGAAGCGCACGGACAGAAGAGAAGAGCUGGUCGAGAUCGCGGAGGAUUUGAUCCAGGCAGUGCGCUGGAGCGACACGAAGCCUAUCGAGGUUCCGCAGCAGCUGGAAUUGUUAUAUUUAGAAAUCAACGGCACUGUAAGGGAGAUGCCUUUGAGCGAGGCUUUGAGGAAUACACAAGCAGCAGAGCUCCACAAGAAAGAGCUUAGAGAAAAAUCCUGA